AUGGCUCGCAACAAAAAUUUGGGUGGAGCUCUCCUGUCAGUUCUCCUGUUUACUGCUAUUGGGUUCUUGGGAGCUGCAGAACAAUGUGAUUCACAGAGCUGUGGCAAAACUCUUCGCAAAAGCCUGAAACUCACCAGAGUCACAUUAAAAAAUGCUGAGGCCCUUCUGGAAACAUAUAAAAAAAGCCAGGGUGACUUUGCAGAGCUCUACUGUCAGAUGGCCAUGGAGAACAUUCCAGGAUCUUCAAUCUCUGGGCAGGUCUCUUCUGAACGGAUGGUGAAUGUUUACACUCGUCUGAAAGAAUUUUUACCACACUUGAAAAUGGUGGCAGAACAACAGACAGAAAUGCAGAUCCCUUCCCAUUCCCUGUUCAAUGAGCUCACUGAAGUCCAGGACAGAACAGGUCACGUGUCAUUCAAAGUGAACUGUCUUUUACAAAUCCUCAUGCCAAACAUGCCUAUCCCUGAACCACCGAAGCCCACUGGACUUCCCCCUUCUCUCAAUUAUUUCCAAAAGAAGGUCUAUGGCUGUGUGGUCCUCACCAGGCUCAAGGAGUUCCUAAUGCAAACAGCCCAAGAGCUGAGAACACAUAAGGAUAAAAUGUGUAUGCACAGGACUCCAAGAUUGUCACAAAACUACUAA